AUCCGCCCGCUCUGGUCUCUCACUCGCUCGAAUUCUCAACAAUGGCGAACGUAAUUGGAAAAUACUGAACGCGAGUGCAAAGAAAAUGUGAAAUUACCCAAAGCUGCAACAGUGUUUAAAGAUUGAAAAGCAAUUAAAGAGGCGAUAAUAUGCCAGAAACAACAAACCAAAAGUGACUGCAAGUGCAAACUGAAAACGGAUCGGAAGUCGCAGAUAUUAGUUCCCUCUCGCUCGCUCUUUCUUUACCCCCCACCCCCCGACCGGCUGUUGAAGCAAAGUGUUUUGCAAAAUGAGAUUCUGCGUUGUGGUUUGUUGCGUGUUAUUUUUGCUGGGCAGCGGGCCUAUUGCAUCAGCUAUAGUCAAAGCAAAACAGGCCGACUCUGCAGAAGUCGUCAGCAGCGGCGAGGAUGAAAAGGCGGACUGCACGGACCUCGCACGCGACGAGGAGGCGCUGAUGGUGUUCUCCACUUUGGGCGGUGGACUGACGGCCAUCGAUCCGGUGACCAGCGAAAUACGCUGGACGAUAGCAGAUGAUCCCCCCAUAGUAGCGGAACCUCAGGAGAAUGUGCAAGUUCCACACUUUUUGCCCGAUCCGCGGGAUGGCAGCAUUUACCAGCUGGGCCAGAUGGGCAGCCUUAAAAAGCUACCGUACACCAUUCCACAACUGGUGGCCAAUGCUCCCUGCCGCUCCUCCGAUGGAAUCCUGUACUCUGGGAAGAAAAGCGACACAUGGUAUAUGGUGGAUCCCAAGACAGGCAGGCGGGAAAAGGUCAUGGGUUUCGGAGAUGCCAGCGUGGAUAGCAAGGAGGGCGAGCAGAUUGGCUGGGCAACUUCGCGGGCCAUCUAUCUGGGACGGACCCAGUACACGGUCAUGAUGUUUGACAGUCUGGCCAAGAACAAGAAUGCCAAGCCCUGGAAUAUCACUUUCUACGACUACAACGCUGUGAGUGCCCCACCAGAACUGGCUAAGGAAUAUGAAUACAUUCACCUGACCACCACCAGUAAUGGACAAAUAGUGACCCUGGAUCGCAAACAGGGUAAAUUUCUGUGGCAGCGGGAUCUGAGCAGUCCAGUGGUGGCCGCUUUUCUCUUGGGACCAGAUGGUCUACUCAGCGUACCAUUCACCACAGUCUCCGAUGAGGCCUACCAGGCCAUAUUAGAGGAGUCUAAAACUGGAAAUGUGAACACCGUAAAGCUAUUUCAAUCGCUGUACGUGGGCGAGCACCAAAAAGGGCUUUAUGCCCUUCCCUCCCUGGUAGACAAGAAUACUCCACGAAUUUCCACGUCGCCACCAAUAAAACUUCUCGAUGGACCUGCGGGCGAUCAGAACAGCAACCAGGAGACCGAUCCCCGCACCAUUUACAUAAACGAUGUGCUGCAAGAGCAUCCAGGCAUUAUGCUGGGACACUACAACAUGCCCAAUGAGGGAAAUGGCAAUUUGCAGCUAUCACCCACGCCAUCAAGCGGCAAGGUGGUUCAGAGUCUGGCCACCAUACACAACUACAACGAUGGCUACGGCCUGCUGGCGAACAACGAAAAGAAUGCCGCCGACAUUGGUGUGCAAACGGAUCCGGAACUGGUGGAGAUUGGCAUGGAUCAGCGGGCAAAUGGAAAUACUAUCAAUCGGACCAAGACAAUCAUCCUGCAGAACAGCAACAAGGUGCAGGCAUUUAUUAACGAGUGGUUUAUGGAGCAUCCGAGCGGAAAGGUGCAUCAGAUUCUGAUUGUCAUAGUUCUGGGCAUGAUUGCCUUGUUCUGGUACACCUGCAGCACUAUGCGGGAGUUGCAAAAGCAGAGCGAAAACGGCUCUAAAACCUCUGCUAUAGCCCAGAAUGGUUCUAAUGGCAGCACCGGCAGCAACGGAAGCAAUGCGAGUGCCGAGGACCUGGUGGACUUGGGUAACGGACAGGUGCGUGUGGGCAAGAUCAGCUUCAGCACAAACGAGGUGUUGGGCAAGGGCUGCGAGGGAACCUUCGUCUUCAAGGGCACCUUCGAGGAGCGUUUCGUAGCCGUCAAGCGGCUGUUGCCCGAAUGCUUCACAUUUGCAGAUCGCGAGGUGGCCCUGCUUCGCGAAUCGGAUGCACAUGAGAACGUGGUGCGGUACUUCUGCACCGAACAGGAUCGCCAGUUCCGCUACAUAGCCGUCGAACUGUGCGCGGCCACUCUACAGGAUUAUACCGAAGGAGAUCGCUCGCUGGAGCUUCAGAAUCACAUUGACGUUUGGCAGGUGCUGAGUCAGGCUUCCGCCGGAUUGAGCCAUCUUCACUCCCUGGACAUUGUGCAUCGCGACAUCAAGCCGCAGAAUGUUUUGAUAUCACUACCAGAUGCUAAGGGCAAAGUUCGGGUAAUGAUCUCCGAUUUUGGACUGUGCAAGAAGCUCAAUUUCGGCAAAACCAGUUUCUCACGCCGCUCGGGUGUAACUGGUACCGAUGGAUGGAUAGCCCCGGAAAUGAUGCGGUCCCAGCGGACGACAACUGCGGUGGAUGUCUUCUCACUGGGUUGUGUCUACUACUAUGUACUGAGUGGAGGUCACCAUGCCUUUGGCGAUACUCUAAAGCGGCAGGCCAACAUACUCUCGCAUGAGUUCAAUCUAGCCAAGCUGCGUACAGAAGAUGACAGCGAGAUUAGUCGAAUUAUACUUGCUGAGCAGUUAAUAUCUGACAUGAUACACAAGGACCCACAAUCGCGCCCUCCGGCACGCUGUAUUGGCAACCAUCCGCUGUUCUGGGAUGAGCCCAAAAUGCUCUCGUUCCUGCAGGACGUCAGUGAUCGUGUGGAGAAGUUGCAAUUCCAUGCCGAGCCACUCAAGUCGCUGGAGAAGAACGGCCGUAUUGUGGUACUCGAAGAUUGGAAUGUGCAUCUGGACCCGUUGAUCACAGACGAUUUGAGGAAGUAUCGCGGUUACAUGGGCGCCAGUGUGAGAGAUUUGCUUCGUGCACUGCGCAACAAGAAGCAUCAUUAUCACGAGCUUACGCCAGCCGCCCAGGAGAUGCUGGGAUGCAUUCCGCACGAGUUCACCAACUACUGGGUGGACCGCUUUCCGCAGCUCAUCUCGCACGCCUACCACGCGUUCAGUAUUUGCUCAAACGAGCCGGUCUUCAAGCCGUACUACAGUGCUGGCUAUCACUUUUCCCGUCCGUGGUACUUCGAUGCGGACGAUGCCUUGUUCCCCAUGCUGAUGCGGGAUCCCAAGCCGCUGCCCAAGAUAGGGAGUCCAAAGAGGACGCCGCCGCCUGCUAGCAGUCAGGCUCAGCAGUUGAAGCAAAGGAAAGGGCUCUACAACUUCCGUAAGCCCAGCGAUGAGCUGCCUAUUGCCGGAGUCGGGCUGCAGCGCAAUCUGGAGCUGGAUGGGCAACCACUGGAGCCCGAUGGAAAGCGAGAUGUGUUUGCCAACUUUAAGUUCCGGCGCUACUCCAAGCCGGGAAGCAAUCGCAAUUACAACGGUGGCCACAAGGACACGCAGGACAAGGAAAAGUAUGUUAGCUGGACGCUGCCGCCUUCAACGCAAGACUAGGGCAAAGACCCCUAAUGAUCAGCAUAGAUAAGAUGUAGUUUUGUUCAUUUAUUAAUUUAAUUAUUAUGAUUUAAUUGUGCAAUUUGUGUAUAUGCAACUAUUCCAAAACGAUUCCCAUUUCAGUUCUUAGCAAAAAUAUUCAACGAUAAUGAGAUGAAGAUAAACUAUUUUGUAUACCAUAGUAAGAAUAAUGUAAAGUGUGUCGUCUGUCGAAUACACGCAAUUUAACUGUGAUAAUUUAUAAUUUUUUGUUUAAUGCCCAAGUGCAAAUUGAUCUAGACAAAUAGUUGGAGUUUUAUCUAUAGUACUUAGACUUAUUGUAUAUUUAUCCAUUAGUUAAGUGUCCUAUCCCAACACUCCGCCAAUUUCUGGAGAUCUUUGAGAAGCGAAAUAUUUUUAGUUUUUAAUAUUUACUAAACAAGCACUUAGUAUUAAAGUUAAAGAAUGGAAUGUUUCAGUUGACGGACAACUUAUGCUUGAUUACGAGCUGCAUUUUCUAUGAAAUCUUAAGCUUAAUCAAAAUCAAAACUAAAUAAAUAUGUAAUACAAAUUUUACAAAACAA